CUGUCAGCCAGCAAAGCAGCCAAACGAGUCCUGUCGGUUGGCCGUCCGCGUUCAGAAGAAGAAUUGCAGUCCCAUCGAGAGGAGACAGACGCGAAAUCGGAACGGAAUUGGAACCGCUCCCCAUCGUCGGUCGUGUGCGUUUGUGUGUGCGCGCGAGAGCGAGAGUCGCGACCACACAGUAGAAGGAAGAAAGCACAAGCAAGCAAGCAAGCAAGCAGGCCAGCAUUAGCUAGUGGAGUUUUGAUAGACGACAGGACUCUGCGACGACGACGACGGCCACGACUGUGUGUCUUUCGGGAUAGGGCUUGUCGGAAGAAAAAUCCACCCGCCCCGUGGGGAAGUUUUGUGGAAAGUGCGAAGUUCGGUUCCGGAAUCUCGGUGGAAAAUCGGAAACGUUGGUUGGAGUUUUGGACUUGUCCUCGAUUGAAGUUUGUUCGGAAUUGAAUGUGACACUGACCAGUGGAGAGGAAAAUUUUCGUGGAAAAUUGAACCAAACCGGGAUUGGGGAGAAAUGGCUUAGUGGGGAUUUUCGGCCAAGGACUAGGCGUGGAUGGAUAACAUUUGAAACGUAUAUCGCGGAGUUCGAGAAAAUUUCGACUGUGACGAACGUGUUGGAAUCAAUAUUGGGCAGGGUAAAGGUUGUCCCUGUGCAAGACCUGGAAGAAAAAUCUGUUUCGAGUUUGAUUGCGGAAUUGUAACAGAGGAUAGUGCUUCGGUUUCCGGAUUACCCUUAAUCCCAGUGUGUUCGUGUUCUGUUUUCCCAACGGGGACAAUGAACAUCGCUCAUAACAAAUCGAACAAUCCCUCGUGAAUCGUUCAUCUACAAAGUCCCUCUUAUCCUAGACUUGUUACAAAACUAUCUCACACCAACCUCCGCACACUCUCCGAAUGCUGUGACCGUAGGUUUGCUAUCGUCAUCCCACGCGAGCCCCCAAGUGAUCCCUACCAUGAUCUACCGGAAAUGGAGCUCCGAUCACAACCGGCAGCGUCAUCGACUUUCUUCGAACCGGCAGCGACAACAACCGGACCGGCAUCAACCGCUGCUGCUUCCGUUGUCGUUGACGGCGUCAGCUCCGGGGCAUCAGUAACGACCUCGACAGCAUUCGCCGGCAGGUCUUGACAGCGGCUGCCCAUAGUCGUCCUACCACCAGACCGUACCGCCGCCCAUAGUCUGGGGGAGUUUCUCGAUAUUUCCUUUCUAGAAAACAACAACUCCUUCGAUACUUAGCUCACCAAAACUUCUGCUUCCAAACGGCACAGUGGACUACAGCUUUGCCGAUGCUCAAUCUAGAUUAAAAAAAAAAAUCGAUCGAUAGUGAAUCCGGAAAACCGUUUUUUAUAGUCAACGUUAUUGUGAAAUUAGUGAUUUGGAAUCCCGGCAACAGAAACAGGAUAAUUUGUUAACGCAAACUCAGAAGAAAAACGAAGGUGAAGUUAGUUUUUAAAAGUGCCGAAAUCGAGAAGAAGAAGAAGCAGAAGCAACAUCUGCAGAAAUCGAGUUUUGAGCUGACCCCAUUUUCUAGUGAACGAAAAGUAGCGACCUAAGCCGAUACAGUUGAGAAUAACCCCAGAAGAAAUAGUAAAACAAGGUGUAAAAAAUAUUCUCGUUAGUGUAACUAGAAGAAUCCAAAGUUGUAACAGAAGAGCAGCUUGAAGAGGAAAUGUUAAACUAGUGAAUACGUAGAAGGAAAAAUCCCAUACUCCCGAAAGUGUGAAAAAUCCACAGCGGCUUAGAGAAAAAUUGUUAACACGUAGCUCGUCGUCGAUGUUUAAAACCAAAAUAGCGUAGAAAACAAAGAAGUGUAUGCAACGGAAGUGACGGAAGAAUACACACAAAGAAAGGUUUCUAGCCCCAAACAGUUGGAUACAAACGUCGAAGGAUACUACCCGUUUUCGACUUAACCCUUCCAGUUCCAGUGAAUAGUGUUGUUGUUGGUUGUUGAUUCUGAUCGAUGCUGCAUGGAAGUACUGCUAUGGAUACCUCAGGACUUCCACUUUUCGUGGGGUUUCUCGAUGUAAACAUUUUCUAGGCGCUGUUGUGUCAACGAUUCGAAAGCGGACGAUAUGGGCACAGCAUGGCCUCAGAAGUAUCAUUCAUCGAGAGGACAUGCCCGCGCCAUUCUAGCACAGAACAAGACCUUCUCGCACGAGGCACUAGCGAAUGCAACGACUCGGCAUACGAUAGCAGAACCCUCUGUGCAGUACCGGCGACCGCCCUCGCCAAAACCUUCGAAAGCGACCGCUACAGCUGCAUUCCCACGUCGAAUUUCGUCAAACAGCGAACACAAUGGCAGCAUCGGUGCGGCCGGUGUGGACCUUCCCGAUGGCCCAGUGGACGACCGGAUCUCAGACGCUCGACUUGCCCAGUCCACCUGCGUCGACUCGGACGCAGCCAGCACCGGCGAAGUGUACCCGGUAGCGGCUCUGCUACCGUCCGAUCUGUGGUGGCUGUUACUCGCAAAGGCAAUCUUUUCUACUCUAAACAUCCCUGGUCAGCACUGUUGGUCAAGACCUCCAUCGGAAGGCUGGCGACUCGACACUGCCGGCGACCAGGAAGGCAUAAAAGCGCUUCAGCGCCGAAGUUAUGCAGCAGCCAAGAUAACAACAACAACAACAACCAUGAAUGCUUCCAAUCAAGUAACACUAAACAGAUUCAUACGUUUAACGGUAACACUUUUGAUAACACGAACUCUAUUGUUAAGAAGACUAGUGCUUGCCACCGCCGCCAUAGUGGCCCUGCUGUCCGACCGGAACCCGACGAACAAGAAGAAACAACCGAACGCUGCCAUAGUAAUCAUCAGUUCAGUACCGCGACGAAGACGAAGUCGCUGCCGUUUGCGAUCGAGCUGGCCACGGCCGUACGACUACUCCAACUGCUGCUGGUCAUCCUCGUGUCGUCAUCCACGUCCGUGCUCAGCGGCAAUGGCAACGGCAACGGCAACGACAGCAGUAGCAAUCAUUUCUCACUCAGUGCCACGUCGGCAACAUUGCGACGACCUAAACGAAGCCGAGAGCUACGGCCUCCAGAAGUGGCUGGUGGUCAACAACAGUCAAAACAGUCAGGUAGCAGUAGCAGUUAUGAAGAUAGUUGCAACGAAGACGGCUCCGGAGAGGAACGGCUGCUCCGACGAGGAAGUUGUCGACGAAGAUCCGAACGUUCAAUGCGGCCGCACGGUACAAACUGUACGGCGAUCACAACCGGCGGUGUUCAGAAAGUGGUUCGACUGUUCCUGCCAGCACUGCUCAUUGUUAACAUGUUCACGUUUCUCCAUGGAGCGUCGGCUGCCGAUUUCAUUGUAGACGCUUCGGUCGGGGUCGCCGUUGCCAGCGCGUACUCAGACUCGCGAACCCGUAUGGUACAGUACUUGGAACCCCUGUCCAGACCUACCAAAGCACCAAAGUGUGACCAAACGUUCGUGUCCCGGAGCGGAGGUCCCUCCAAUGGAACUUUUAGCGCGCCGAUGCUUGCCAACCCGACGAACCACUCGCGCCAGUGUCUGUACAUCUUCCUAGCAGGUCCCGGCCAGCGGGUCGACGUCACCUUCACGUCGUUCAACCUAAGAGGAUCACCGCCGGACGGAUCGGCAGUUGGUGAGCUUCCAGCUUGCGUCCACGAGUACAUGGACGUGUACGCCGAAGUGCAGUCAUCCGACCCGGCCGAACUGAUCAACUCGCCCUUCGGCGGACGCUACUGUGGACCUAUACCGCCACGUCGUCGUAUUUCAUUAUAUCGUGCUAUUGCAUUGUCAUUUUAUACGGAUAAAAACUCGACAACACCUGAUAUAUUCGAGGGUCGAUAUGCCUUUAUUAAUGAAUCUGAAUAUGAGAUUGGUCAGCCAGUAAUUGGGUCGCCAUGUUCCUAUGUAAUUAAUUUUGCUCAGAAACGUACGGGUGCUAUUAUAUCACCAACUUAUCCAGGUGCCUAUCCAAAAGAUAUGUCGUGCACAUAUCAGUUUAUUGGAAAACCGAACCAGCGAGUGCGCAUCGAGUUCCGUGACUUUGACCUGUUCUUCGGCGGACCGCACUGUCCAUUCGACUACGUCCGGGUGUUCGACGGGCAGGACAACACGUCGGCCGUGAUCGGGACGUACUGCGGCCAGCAGCGGAACCUGGUCCUCUACUCGAGCGAGCAGUUUCUGUUCGUGCACUUUUCGACGCUGCAACGAACCGCCAACACGCAGAAUCGUGGUUUUAAGGGAAUUUUUGAAUUUAGUGAAAGUUUUGUUAAAUUAGAUUUUAUUCGAGAAAACGACGGAAUGCACAUACGAGGCUCGGAAUGUGAUCAGAAAAUCUUAUCGAAAAAAGAAUCGACCGGAUACGUAUACUCGCCAAAUUAUCCUUUUCCGUAUAUACCGAAAGUAGUUUGUAGAUAUUUCGUUUACGGUAUGCAAGACGCUCAAAACCUCGAACGGGUGAAGCUUGAGUUUUCGAUUUUCGAAAUUCCGAAAGGCGAGCAGAAGGGCGAUUCCAACUGCACGGACGGCUACCUAAAGGUCUAUCUGAAGGGUCAGGAGGUAGCAGAUGCGUACGAUAAAUUCGAUCACGAACUGUGCGGCAACGAGAUUCCGCACGCGGUCAUCAGCGACGGGCCUCGGUUGGUGAUGGUGUUCAGUUCCGGCGACUUCCAAGGGCGCGGUUUCAAGGCGAAGUACACCUUCGAGACGGAGUACAAGAUACCGGGAACGGCCGCCCCGGACGGUACCUGUAGCUUUACGUAUCGGAGCACUUCCCGCAAGAAGGGCGAGUUCAACAGCCCUCGGUAUCCAUCGAACUACCCGUCGGAGACGAACUGUUCAUAUGUGUUCCUUGCGACCAUGAACGAGCAAGUCACGAUUGUGUUCGACCACUUCAAGGUGAAGGCUGACGGAGCAAAUACGACCUUUGGGGCGUACGGAGCUUCCGUGUGUUUCGAAGACUGGCUGGAGAUGUACGUCAUGUACAGAGACGGAUCGGAUCGGUUCCUGGGAAGGUACUGCAGCCUAACGGCUCCGGGACCGGUGGAAAGCCCUCGUGGAGCGGUGGGCAUCCGGGUGGUGUUGCACACGGAUCAGGAAAACGUAGCCAGUGGUUUCAAGGCACGGUACAUAUUCGAAACUGCCAAAUCGGUGUUCGGUGACUGUGGGGGGAAUUAUUCCGGUGAAGACUCCGGCAUCGUGGCGUCUCCGAACUUUCCCGCAAACUACGAUGCACCCGGCAAGGGAUUGGCUUCCCGUGCCUGCAAUUGGUACAUCACGGCACGGAUAGGGUACAAGAUUAUGCUGUACUUCGAAUACUUCGCCAUCGAGGGAGAACCUGCAACGCGGGGUUGUGCAGCGGCCGUCCUACGCCUGUGGCUGUCACCGGACUCCGAUAUGCCUCCGAUCGAGAUGUGCGGAGAAAAGCCCGCCAUGGAAAACUGGCAAUACGUAACCCAAGGCCAAACCGCACGAAUCAGUUUCACCAGUGCGGACAAGGCCAUUGGUGCACAGGGCUUCCGCAUAGUCUGGACCGAGGUGCAGGAAACUCCCGUCGGGGCAAGUUCUACGCUAUCGCUGCUGUGCGAAUCGACGUACCACUGGCAGUGCCAGAUUUCCGGCUUCUGCCUCUCGGAGCGGUUGCGAUGUGACGGCGUCAAAAACUGCGGCGCCUCGGACAAUAGCGAUGAAAUGCACUGCACCAUCAUCAUUCCCGAGGAGGAUCACGGCGCUCUAAUAAUAAGCUGCAUAGCCGCCGCCUCGUUCCUAAUCUGUCUCCUCUGCACUCUCUGUCAUCGAAAAAGAAAACGCAGACAUCACAGACAGCUGGGGCUGCAUAGGAACGCGGCCCACUACGACUCGACGACCAGCGCGACCGGGAUUAGUUUAGGUUCCAGCAGACGCCACCUGCAGGCCGGUGGCAGCCUUUCCGGCAGUUUGCACGGCAUAAACAAUAGCGAACCGAUGCAGAUCCCGCCGGCACCACUGCCACCCGUUAGUGUACCGCCGCACGUGUGCAUCAACGAUACCCUGCUGGAUCCGGACGACCUGAACGAUGACCUGUUUGUGAACAGCUGCGACCGCUUCGACGAUAACGGCGAGUGUGUAUAGCGGUGAGCGCGACCGACGACGGCGAGGAGGCUACUUUACCAACAUUGCAGCAUCUGCCGAUUCUGUCAGCACCUUUACCGGGGACAAUACUGUUGCUCGUUCUACUACUAUUACCCGUACGACUAUUGCUCCUCGCUGUUAGCUAUGCUGUGCUUCGGCAGCAGUAGCACCGCUAGUACCGCCCGCGCAGACAGUACUCGCCGACUAACUAGCACUUUUAGGAACGACGACGUCAACGAAGGCAACAACUCCCUAGCAAUCCGAAGUCGCCAAAUCAACGGCGACGAAUACGACGAAAACUACUACCAUAACAAUCACCAGCACCAGCACCACUACCACCACCACCAGCAGCAGCAUAACCAUCGGCAAGAACAACAAUACUCGGCUACGGCAGGCACAGCAGUUGACACUUUGAAGAUUAUUUACUAUUAGACGCCAUUGUUCGUGGAAUUUCGUACGGAAACAGCAAAAGCGCACGCACGAUUCUAAUAGGACACUUUUGCUACGUUCGUACCCAGACAGAGAAAGAGCAGAUAAACACAAGGCAUUAACAAUAAUGACACAAGGAUAAAACUAACAUUAGCUAAACUAAAUAUUUUAAUUAAACGUGAACAAAAAAGGUAACAGUAAAUCAAUUUUUUAUCCCAAUUAUGAAUUAACACAAUACUGUCGAGUAAAUAAUUCAUAAACACACACACACAAGCGAUAAAGGAAUAAAAAACAUUACAAGUAUAGUAAACAAAAACACAAAGAAAGAUUUCAUAAAUAAUCGCAAUACAUUAUAUUUUAGUUUAGGUUUUCCAAGGUGCAAACGGAGAAAACGUUACAGAGAAUAGUAGAUCUAUACAUGUAACAUAGUUAUUAAAAUCAUUGAAGUAAACGAAAACGGGAACUGCGUCAACAGAUUGAAAACAGAAACAGGAGUAGGAGAGAGGAAAAGAAAUCCACGAGGGAACGUGGUGAAGUUGUUUUAUGUGUAAAGUUCAUUUUAUAAGGAAACCCUUUUUAAUAAAAGUAAAAAAUCAAUUGAGAAAAACGCGUAAACGAAUAACCAAAAAACAGAACAAAAAAUUAGGAAAUAUUUAAAAAUUACCGUUAUACACUGUCAAACAACACACACGGGCAGGACAGACACGAACACACAUACAAACACAUGACAACAAGUAAAACAACAAACUCUCAUUGAUAUUAGUGAAGAAAAAAAAACAAUCGUAAGUUCGUGAGGACGUAGAGGCACUCAAGUUUAACGGAUACCGAGAAAUAGAGGAAAUCAUUCCACACACAAACAGUGGGGCAUUGAUUUGUAACGUAAGAAAAUAAGGGAAAAGUUGUUUUUUAUAUAUUUGUACGAAGUAGUUAUUAGCCAUUGAUACACAAAA